AUGAAUGGUUUCGACAAAUCACUCGGGGGCAGAGAAACCCCAAGACUAUCAGAAUAUAACUUCAACCUGGAUGCAGCGAGUAUAGUGUCGGCCAUCGGCCCUAUCAAGGAGACCAAAUGGCCAACGCCACUCCAGUCCGAUCCCGCACAGAGGGAUCGCAACUUGAUAUUCAAAUGUCAAGGUACUCAUGGUCACAGGACCGAGGAUUGUCGACUGCUAAGGGAAGAAGUGGCUCGUCUAUUCAACAAUUGGCAUCUUCGGGAAUUCCUAAGUGAGCGAGCCAAAAAUCAUUUCAAAAAUAGGGACGCCAACAAACAAAUUGAGCAGGAUGAACCUCAACAUGUGAUCAACAUGAUCAUUGGGGGAGUCGAUGUCCCACAAGGGCCAAUGGUAAAGCGCACCAAAGUUUCUAUUACAAGGGGAAAAUGCAUUCGGGACUAUGUUUUGGAGGGGUCCAUCUCGUUCAGCGACGAGGACGACGAGGGCAUUAUUCAGCCUCACAAUAAUGCACUGGUAAUAUUCGUACUUAUUAAUAAAUCUCGAGUUAAGCGUGUGUUAACUGAUCCAAGCAGCUCAGCCAACAUCAUCUAA